AACCAAUGAAAUCAAGCUUAUGAAUCGUGGUCACACAACACCUACAAGCAAGGAGAGCCUUAGGCAAAUUCACACCCAUUUCCACCCUCCUUUUAUUAAUCUCCCCCACAUUGCAUGCUCUCCUUUUAUUACACACGCACACAUGAGGAAGCUAUGCCCUAACAUUGACAGGGACGAUGGACUCGAGACGGUUCUCGAGGUUCCCAUACCCGAAGAAAUGUUCAAAAGCAUGGGGAACAACUCCAACGUAAGGUUUCAAAACAUGUUAACCUGGAUGAAGGCUCAAACUUCCGAUAAAUGGUCGGCGCCGAUCAUCGCCGGUCGCCUUAACGAGCUACGCUUCCUUCUCUACCUCGUCGGAUCUCCUCUCAUCCCUCUUCAGGUCCAAUUAGGCCACUCCGUUCACCGCCCAGUCAAAGACUGUUCCAUUCAAGCUUCGACGGCAAAAUAUAUAGUUCAACAAUAUGUGGCGGCGACGGGAGGACAACCGGCGUUGAACUCGGUGAAUAGCAUGUGCGUGACGGGGGCGGUGAAGAUCAGUGCGUCGGAGUUUCAGCAAAGCGAUGGGAGCGUCGUCGUAGAUGUUAAGAAAUGCACUGAAGAGCUUGGUGGGUUCGUGCUUUGGCAAAAGAAUCCUGAUUUGUGGUGUAUUGAGAUUCUUGUCUCCGGUUGCAAAGUUGUUUGUGGUAGCAAUGGCAAGCUUUCAUGGCGUCACUCCUCUAAUCAACAAACUCCCAUCUCCAAAGGCCCUCCACGCCCCUUACGCAGAUUUCUUCAGGGUUUGGAUCCAAGAGCCACAACCAGUUUAUUUUUAGAUGCAAUGUGUAUCGGAGAGAAAAUAAUAGACGAAGAAGACUGUUUCAUACUGAAACUAGAAACGAGCCCAGCAAUUCGUGAGGCCCAAAGUGGCCCAAAUUAUGAGAUCAUUCACCACACAAUUUGGGGUUACUUUAGCCAACGAUCGGGCCUGUUGAUACAGUUUGAGGACUCUAGGCUACUCAGGAUGACCAACAAAGGAGACGACGACGUUUUCUGGGAAACCAGUACGGAGUCGGUAAUGGGAGAUUACAAGUACGUUGACGGAGUCAAUAUAGCUCAUAGUGGCAAGACACGUGUCACCGUGAUUAGAUAUGGAGAGCAGUCCGCCAAUCACAAGAGGGAGAUGGAAGAGACUUGGAAAAUCGACGAAGUCAACUUUAAUGUUUGGGGUUUGACCAUGGAAAGCUUUUUGCCUCCCUCUGACUCUCAACGACGUCGUUAAAAGCAUAUUCAUUGUCGUUUUUUUUAACUGUACUUUUUGUUUUCAAGAGAAGUAAAAAAUAUAUACGUAAAUUCAUUAGGUUAGUUAAAUACUGGCUAGAUAUUAAUUUGGAUUUAUCUCAUGUAUCAAAUAAGUAUAAGAUAAGCAAGCAUUUUUUUUUUUUCGUUUUAAAUUAAGACGUGUCAAAUGAAUAUUGGAAAUAAUUCUCUAAUUCGAUUUUAAAUUA